GGAGAGGGUUUAAACUCUAAACCCUCUCUCUCUUUCCGAAAUUUCGGGUGGCGAUGGCCCAAGAUCUCUUCGCCGAGGACGGGGCCUCCGCUACGAUCGAAGAAGCCCCACCGACGGUGGAACUCUGCCCCGUCUCCUUCGCCGGAAACGCCGAACUGACGGUGGAUAACGACCUAAGGGGCCUCGUAGACUCGGUGGAUUCCCCUGAGGACCGCCGGGGCUCUGCCCUAGACGCCCGAGAGAAUGGAGAGGAAGCGCCGAGAAACGGAUCUCUGGAGACCCAAGAACGUCCGCCAGAACCCACGGGGAAUGGUGGUGAGGGGGUGGAGGCGAAAAGGAUGAGGAAGGAUUUGGAAAUUGAGGAGAAGGACGGGGAAGUAGGAUUGAGGGGUGUGAAUUCUGAAUCGGUUUGUGGAAACAAGGGGAAUGGGUUGGUGAGGAGGUAUUCGAGGAGCGAGAUGGAGGCGCUGAGGUUUGUAGGGACUGGAGAGCAGCGGCAGAAGUGGAAGGAGGUGUAUCAGAAGCUUGGUUCUGUUGUUGCGCAAGAGUAUGAUGGGCUUUGGGCAUCGCAUCCUCAGAAGACGAAGCGUGGAGGAAAGAAAAAGGAAAAGGAGACGCCCCUGAUCAUGGGAGAAUUGUUGGCAGUGAAUGCUGAAAAAGGUUCAGAUUUGCCUGACAGUGCUGAUCUUGUCUGCAGUGACACUUAUUUUGAUAAUGAGAAUUGCACAAUUGUAGAAGACCUACAUGAUGAAUAUGAAAAUAUCAUUGAUGAGGAUGACAGCAGCAGCGAUGAGUACCAAAGCAUUCAAAAACCUGCUUUUUUGGUUGAAGGAGAACCUGAUUUUGACUCUGGCCCCCCACUAGAUGGUUUUGAGUAUCUAAGACGUGUCAGGUGGGAAGCUGCUCAAAUUCCAAAAGUGAAAGUAGCUAAGCUAAAUUUGAGUAAAGUGAACAGUGAACAAACACCAUAUAUGCCCAAAAUACCAGAGAUAGCAAAGUGCCCACUUAACUUAUUGCCAUUGAAGGAUUGGGAGGAUGCUUUUCUUGCAAAUUUUUCAGAGAUAAGACAGGCUUUUUCAUUGUUAGAAAAUUCUUCUGACCAAGUUUCUGCCCGAAAAAGUAGUGACAACUAUUGCAAACAGACUGACCGUGCAGAGCAGCCAAAGUGUAUCCCAACAGUGUCUGUAAUUCGAGGCAUGGAUGCUGUUUCACGAGCUGCAACACUAAGGAAUUAUAUUAGCAUGCUUGAGAGUGCAAGCAUAUUGUCUAGAGAUGACUGCCUAUGGUUGUUUGCGCUGUGUGUGGCAGUGGAUGUUCCACUCGGUGCGGAGACAAGUGCUGCUCUGAGGUGCUUGCUUCGCAAAUGCUCAAGCCUCCUGGCCCGAAAAUCAGAACCAGAUGAUGAGGCUGCAAUGUUGAACAUUCUCAUCACAAUCACGGGGAAGUACUUCGGUCAGUUUGACAAUCCAAGAUCAUAGCCAGGUCUGAAUAAUCUAAUUCCUUCAAGCAAGGAUGCAAAGUGGGUAUCUCAAGUAACUGUGUGCUGGUUUUCUAUAUCAUUCUGAUCUAAAUGUCACCUGUUCUGGAUGUGCUUCUUGUCUUUCAACAUUGAUCCAGUGUUUGGUUUUGGCUCUAUGAAGGCUGCAUUAAUAAUAGUCUAAUGAGUUCUGGGUUCUUUGAAGUUUGGAAACAUCCAUGGACGCCCAGUCCUUUGAAUUUGUAGAAAUGACUAAUUCGCUUACUCUUCUUAGAUAAAAAGCAGACAUCUAGUACUACAGAUUGGGUGCAAAAUUUAUUUGGUGAUAUUUCAGAGAUGCAUCUUA